UGGGUUUUGGUCUCUAUCUGAUGGACGGUAACGUCAGUAACAUCUACAAACUAGACGCCAAGAAGAGGAUCAACCUGGGAAAGAUCGACAAGUUCUUCAAGCUGCAGGUGGUGCCUCUGUUUGGAGAUAUGCAGAUAGAACUAUCACGUUACAUAGAGACCAGCGCCCACUACGAGGAGAACAAGUCCAAGUGGACGUGUACCCAGAGCUCCAUCUCUCCCCAGUACAACCUGUGUGAGCAGAUGGUUCAGAUUCGUGAUGACCACAUCCGGUUCAUCUCUGAGCUGGCUCGCUACAGUAACAGUGAGGUAGUGACCGGGUCAGGCCUGGACAGUCACAAGUCAGACGAGGAGUACAGGGAACUGUUUGACCUGGCACUCAGAGGGUUACAGCUGCUGUCCAAGUGGAGCACACACGUCAUGGAAGUGUACUCGUGGAAGCUGGUCCACCCGACAGAUAAGUUCUGUAACAAGGACUGUCCUGGCACAGCGGAGGAGUAUGAGAGAGCUACACGUUACAACUACACCUCAGAGGAGAAGUUUGCCCUGGUCGAGGUCAUCGCCAUGAUCAAGGGACUGCAGGUGUUGAUGGGUCGUAUGGAGAGCGUAUUCAACCAGGCCAUAAGGAACACCAUCUAUGCAGCCCUGCAGGACUUUGCCCAGAUGACCCUCAGAGAGCCUCUACGUCAGGCCGUACGCAAGAAGAAGAACGUUCUCAUCAGUGUCCUGCAGGCGAUCCGUAAGACCAUUUGUGACUGGGAGGGGGCUCGGGAGCCUCCCAAUGACCCUUGUCUCAGGGGGGAGAAGGACCCCAAGGGAGGGUUCGACAUCAAGGUGCCCCGAAGAGCUGUGGGACCCUCGAGCACACAGCUGUACAUGGUUCGUACCAUGCUGGAGUCGUUGAUAGCUGAUAAGAGUGGUUCUAAGAAGACUCUACGCAGUAGUCUAGAUGGACCCAUAGUACUGGCUAUAGAAGACUUCCACAAACACUCCUUCUUCUUCACACACCUGCUCAACUUCAGCGAGGCGCUACAGCACUGCUGUGACCUGUCUCAGCUGUGGUUCAGAGAGUUCUUCCUGGAGCUGACCAUGGGUCGCAGGAUCCAGUUCCCCAUCGAGAUGUCCAUGCCCUGGAUUCUCACAGAUCACAUUCUGGAGACCAAGGAGCCAUCCAUGAUGGAGUAUGUGUUGUACCCUCUGGACCUCUACAAUGACAGUGGCUACUACGCUCUGACCAAGUUCAAGAAACAGUUCCUCUACGAUGAGAUAGAGGCUGAGGUGAACCUGUGCUUCGAUCAGUUUGUCUACAAGCUGGCUGACCAGAUAUUUGCCUACUACAAAGCCAUGUCUGGAAGUGUCCUCCUGGACAAGCGUUUCAGGGCAGAGUGUAAAAACUAUGGUGUGAUCAUCCCCUACCCCCCCUCCAACCGGUAUGAGACCCUGCUCAAACAGAGACACGUACAGCUCUUAGGUCGCUCCAUCGAUCUGAACCGUCUGGUCACCCAGAGGAUCUCAGCAGCCAUGUACAAGUCUCUGGACCAGGCCAUCAGUCGCUUUGAGAGUGAAGACCUCACCUCCAUUGUGGAGUUGGAGUGGUUGAUGGACAUCAACAGACUGACUCAUCGUCUGCUCUCGAAGCACAUGACCCUGGACAGCUUCGACGCCAUGUUCCGCGAGGCCAACCACAAUGUGUCUGCCCCCUACGGACGCAUCACGCUCCAUGUCUUCUGGGAACUCAACUUUGACUUCCUCCCCAACUACUGCUACAACGGCUCCACCAACCGCUUCGUUCGGACUGCCAUCCCCUUUACCCAGGAGCCUCAGCGAGACAAGCCGGCCAACGUGCAGCCGUACUACCUGUAUGGGUCUAAGCCUUUGAACAUUGCCUACUCACACAUCUAUAGCUCCUACAGGAACUUCGUAGGCCCGCCCCACUUCAAGACCAUCUGUCGUCUCCUUGGUUACCAGGGCAUCGCCGUGGUGAUGGAGGAACUGCUCAAGAUAGUCAAGAGCCUGUUGCAGGGCACUAUCCUGCAGUAUGUGAAGACUCUGAUCGAGGUGAUGCCUAAGAUCUGUCGCCUGCCGCGCCACGAGUACGGAUCCCCAGGUAUCCUGGAGUUCUUCCACCACCAGCUGAAGGACAUUAUAGAGUACGCAGAGCUGAAGACAGAUGUCUUCCAGAGUCUCAGAGAGGUGGGGAACGCCAUCCUCUUCUGUCUGCUCAUCGAACAAGCUCUGGUGUCCCAGGAGGAGGUGUGUGACCUGCUUCAUGCAGCCCCCUUCCAGAACAUCCUCCCCAGGGUCUACAUCAAAGAGGGGGAGCGUCUGGAAGUCAGGAUGAAGAGGCUGGAGGCUAAGUAUGCUCCACUCCAUCUGGUGCCCCUCAUCGAGAGGCUGGGGACCCCUCAGCAAAUAGCUAUAGCCCGUGAGGGGGAUCUGUUGACCAAGGAGCGUCUUUGCUGUGGCCUGUCCAUGUUCGAGGUGAUCCUUACAAGGAUCCGUAGUUUCCUGCAGGACGCCGUGUGGCGAGGCCCGCCUCCCACCAAUGGCGUGAUGCAUGUGGACGAGUGUAUGGAAUUCCACCGCCUCUGGAGCGCCAUGCAGUUUGUUUACUGCAUACCCGUCGGCACUCACGAGUUCACCGCAGAGCAGUGUUUUGGUGACGGGCUGAACUGGGCAGGCUGUUCCAUCAUCGUGCUGUUGGGUCAGCAGCGCCGCUUCGACCUGUUUGACUUCUGCUACCACCUGCUCAAGGUGCAGAGGCAGGACAGCAAGGACGAGAUCAUCAAGAACGUGCCACUGAAGAAGAUGGCUGACCGCAUCAGGAAGUACCAGAUCCUGAACAAUGAGAUCUUUGCCAUCCUCAACAAGUACAUGAAGGCUGUGGAGACCGAUAGUUCCACCGUGGAGCAUGUCCGCUGCUUCCAGCCACCUAUACACCAGUCCCUGGCCACAACGUGCUGAGAAGAACACACACGCUACAUACACACACACACACACAGUACAAAUACACACACACCAACCCAAAUCAUCACCACACAGUCUGCCUCUCUUUGGCCUUGUACUCAGACUCUCGGAGCCUUAAGAUUCCAGAGGUCUGUCUGACUGUACACCAUUUUGGCACCAAAUAUUCCAUACAAAUGACAUUCCAAUUUGCAUUCCAGAAUGCAACUGUCUUGGAACUUUUCGUGUCAACAUGGCGACCGUUAAAAAGUGUAAAUCUCGAACUGAGUUUUCUGAAGUCUGAAUAUUUUAGGCCCAUAACCACAGUCUAGUUUUAGAGGUGUGGGUGUUUUCAGAUGUUAGUUUUUCUGUUCCCAACCCAUGUGACUCUCACACCCAGACUCAGCAUCCCUUCUCCUGUCACUAGAGCUAUAUGUCACAUGGAUGGGCUCAGUAAUACACAACUGCCAAUCCUGAGUGGUUACAGAUCUGCAGUAAUGCCCUGCUUCCCCUCUAGUCACAAUGAACAGUCUAUCAGAUACCUCUGAGAAACCAUUUAGUGAGCAUCAACAAUCAACCUACAUAAAAGAUGAUAGAUAUGCUGGAAUAAUCUCCAAAACCUCAACGCAUACAAAUAAUCUGAUUCUGAAAUGACCUAUCACCUGAGAUUAUUAUUUCGUAGAUGACGUACGAAAGCAAACCCAACCUCCAUUUUAUUGAAUUGCUUCAUGAAGUCCACACGGGUGCUAAGUAUUAUGAUGAUACUUAAUUACACCAAAGUCAUCAGUGGCAUUUCACCCCAUAACAUCCAUAAUAUGAUCAUCACACAAGUCAAGCUGUCCAUUCAUUCAUCCCAGGGGCUAACGUGUGUGUGUGUCCCAAAUGGCACCCUAUUCCCUAUAUAGUGCACUACUUUUGACAAGCUCCUAUAAGGAAUAGGGUGCCAUUUGGAUGUAGCCCCACAUCUCCUUGGACAUACCCAUGCUUAGUAAACCAGUGUCAUAGGAGUAGUUAGCCACACCUCUUCUCUCCUCACACAACCCUACUGUUUCAAAUAGCAUAACAAGGACACUUGACUGCAUAACAAGGACACUUGACUGCAUAACAAGGACACGUGACUGCAUAACAAGGACACUUGACUGCAUAACAAGGACACGUGACUGCUUUUCUUAGUUGCUUUAUUUAUUUUUCACUUAUUUGGGGGGUUUUAGCCUCUGAGUAUAAUUUUUAUUCAGUUCCAUUCUCCGUUGGAAAUGUCACUGUUGAACUAAAAAGAGAAGUGUUGAGUGUUGUAAUUGUUAUUGUUUUUAAUUCAUUAUUGAUAAUUACAUUUUUCAUCCUUGGUAUAACUUUCCUCUUCUACUGACGAGAAUCCUAAUCCUCACCUACUUUUUGAUUUCUUGUCAGUUUAUUGAACAUUUUUAUAUUCUGUAUGUGUGCUUAAUACAGUGAUAUUGUUUACCAUUUUUGAAAUUAUUGACAACAUCUUCAUCUGCAUGUGUGUGUUUUUUUGUUUUGUUUUUCCGGAGUAAAAAAAACGUUAGAAAUAAUUCUUGGUUGUCAAAUAACAAAAGAGACCAGGAUGACUUUACUGUAUUAGAUAGAUUUGUUCAGAGAGUGAAUGGAAGAUGUUGGUAGUAUCACACGACCAAUCCAACUCCUGUACAGUUCAUUCCCUCUAUAGAAGAAGAAUUAAAGCAAUCAAGCAGUUGCAUUUUCACUGUUUAGGUACGAAUUACACACAAGAGAUGGAGAGAGGGCAAUUUCCUAAAUAUAUUAAAUAUUCCAUAUUAUUGGAUUUUUUUUUCGAGAUCGAGAGAGGGCAAAUUUCCUAAAUAUAUUCAAUAUUGUUGGAUUUUUUUUUCUUUAGCAGUGUUAUCAGUCCUUUGACGCUGUUUUUUUUAUUCUUAUGAAUGAAAGUUAAUCGUUACACCUAUGAAGGAGCGACCAUAUUUUCAGUUUGAAUAAAAAAAACAAAAUUAA